AUGUCCAAAACGAUCCGCAUCGGCGUCUUCAUCCCGCACGGCGCGCAGACGCUCGACACGGCGUGCGUCGACGUCCUGGGCGUCAUGUCGCACGAGUACCUGUCCGCGAUCCCGCAGCUGCCCGCCCACGUCGCCGCGCUGGCGCCGCACGUGUCCGUGGCGUACAUCACGACGCCGACGCAGGGGUCCGACAUCCCGCUGACGUCGGGCAUGACGAUCCGGGCGACGCACUCGUACGGCGACGCGGAGGUGGCGCCGGGGAAGCUCGACGUGGUGCUGGUCCCGGGGCCGGACCCGAUGCUCGCGUUUGACGACGAGGGCGCGCUGGCGUGGCUGAGGGCGCAGGCGGGCGUGGAGGGCGUCGACGUGCUGUCCAUUUGCACGGGCUUGUUUGUGUGCGGCGCGGCGGGCAUUGCGGAUGGGAAGCGGGCGAGUGGGCCGAGGGGCCUGCAGGGGAUGCUGAAGGAGAGGUUUGCGAAGAUUGAGCUCGUGGGCGAUGAGUACCGGUGGGUGCGGGACGGCAACUUUUGGUCGAGCGGCGUGACCAACGGCAACGACCUCAUGGCGGCGUACGCGCGGGCGAGCCAGCGCUGGCCGCAGCCCGUCGUCGAGAUCGGGCUGCAGCUGACCGAGGUGGAAGAACGGGGCCAGUUCUACGAGCAGGGCAAGGGUAAGUUCAUGGCGGGGUUCGCGUGGCAGCUUCUGCGGGCGUGGAUCGCAAGCCUCUUUUCUUCGAAUUCCCCUUCCGCAUCGUCACAGCCGUCAUCGUCGUCUCGCACCGGGGCUAAUCACGGCAAGGGCCUCAAGGCGAGCUAG